AUAAAAGCUGGGCUCUCGCCGCCGCCACUGCCCAGCUGUUUCGUCCGUACCUAAUCCACCGUUAUGGCGUCGUUCACGGUGAAGGCCUAUCUUCUGGGCAAGGAGGAGGCGACCCGCGAGAUCCGCCGCUUCAGCUUCUGCUUCAGCCCGGAGCCGGAGGCAGAAGCCGCGGCAGGCCCGGGGCCCUGCGAGAGGCUGCUGAGCCGAGUGGCUGUGCUGUUCCCCACGCUGCGGCCUGGUGGCUUCCAGGCGCAUUACCGCGAUGAGGAUGGGGACUUGGUUGCCUUUUCCAGUGAUGAGGAGCUGACAAUGGCUAUGUCCUAUGUGAAAGAUGACAUCUUCCGCAUCUACAUUAAAGAGAAGAAGGAGUGCCGGCGGGAACAUCGCCCACCAUGUGCUCAGGAGGCAUCCCGAAACAUGGUGCACCCCAAUGUGAUUUGUGAUGGUUGCAACGGGCCUGUGGUGGGAACUCGCUAUAAGUGCAGCGUGUGCCCAGACUAUGACCUGUGCAGCGUCUGCGAGGGGAAGGGCCUGCACAGGGAGCACAGCAAGCUCAUCUUUCCCAACCCCUUUGGCCACCUCUCUGAUAGCUUCUCUCAUAGCCGCUGGCUUCGGAAGCUGAAACAUGGACAUUUUGGCUGGCCUGGCUGGGAGAUGGGCCCACCGGGGAACUGGAGCCCACGUCCUCCUCGAGCAGGGGAUGCUCGCCCUUGCCCCACAGCUGAGUCAGCAGCUGCUCCAUCAGAGGAUCCCAAUGUCAAUUUCCUGAAGAAUGUGGGGGAGAGCGUGGCAGCUGCCCUCAGCCCUCUAGGCAUUGAGGUUGACAUUGAUGUGGAACAUGGAGGGAAGAGAAGCCGCCUGACACCCACCUCUGCAGAAAGUUCCAGCACAGGCACAGAAGACAAGAGCAACACUCAACCAAGCAGCUGCUCUUCGGAAGUCAGCAAACCUGAUGGGGCUGGGGAGGGCCCUGCUCAGUCUCUGACAGAGCAAAUGAAAAAGAUAGCCUUGGAGCCAAUGGGACAGCCAGAGGAACAGAUGGAGUCGGAUAACUGCUCAGGAGGAGGGGAUGAUGACUGGACACACUUGUCUUCAAAAGAAGUGGACCCAUCCACAGGUGAACUCCAGUCUCUACAGAUGCCAGAAUCGGAAGGGCCAAGCUCUCUAGACCCCUCACAGGAAGGACCCACAGGGCUGAAGGAAGCUGCCCUGUACCCACAUCUCCCACCAGAGGCUGAUCCCCGGCUGAUUGAGUCACUCUCCCAGAUGCUGUCCAUGGGUUUCUCUGAUGAAGGCGGCUGGCUCACCAGGCUCCUACAGACCAAGAAUUAUGACAUUGGGGCUGCUCUGGAUACAAUCCAGUAUUCAAAGCACCCUCCACCAUUGUGACAGUGCUGUGGCCAAGCCCCAUGAGCCCUCCCCCCACUCCCCACCUUUGUCUUGUAGUUGCAUCACGUAGAGCAGCAGGGCUUCUAUAGGCCCCGUGUCUGGCAUUCUUCUAGAAUCUUCAGGUGGGAAUGUGUGAUGCCUUUUAAGGCAGUAGGAAAGUGCAUGAGGGGAGAGUUGUGUGUGAGUGUGCAUAUGCUGACACUGAGAACAGAACCAGUACCCGUGGCUGUGGCUGAACUUCCUCUGCUUCCCUAGGCCUGGCCUCUGCCAGGGAACUGUGGGGUAUACUGCACUCCCACUUGCUCUUGCUGCCUGUAUUGCAUCAGCAGUCCAGAAUUCCUGCCUGAUAACCUUCUGUGUUUUCUUCAUUAAAAGUGAUUAGUACAACUGGUAGUUAUUUCCAACAAAUAAAGCUGUUAUGUUAAGAGAGGGCUGUCCUUAGGGAGUGAAAGGUGGCAGGCAUCUGGGGCCUACGGCUCCUGGCGGAUGGAAAAUUCAUGUGAAGCCAACUGAAGGAUCUUACAAUAUAUUGUCUCUCUUUUUAAUGGCUACACUUUAGUUUUUGUGUCUAAUGUUAAUGCUUAAAGUACAAAACCCCCAUGUAGCUUCCUCUGACUUGAUUUUUAAAUAACCUAUAAUAAAAUGGCAUAUGCACUUUAACCA